GACACUUCCCGUCUCUCUUACCAUCUUCGGACAUCGGCCAGAGGUUUGGGCGCAUGAAUGGCGUGCUCUCUUUAUAACACUCUCCGAUGUUCCUCCGAUACGCUGCGUUUUGCUCCCCCAAUAUGCAGCCGCCAAAACCCUAAACCCUCCUUCUCCUUUCCCAAACAGUUUCUGGGCUCUUCUUCUUCUGCUGCUGCUUCUCAUCGGCCACGGAUCUCUGUGAUAUCGAGAAUGUCGGCGGCUGCGGAUACGGAGGGCACUAUAAAGACGGAGAAUAGGAUGCUUGUUUUUGUUCCUCCCCAUCCUUUGAUCAAACACUGGGUUUCUGUGCUGAGAAAUGAGCAGACUCCUUGUCCCAUUUUCAGGAAUGCAAUGGCUGAACUUGGGAGACUAUUGAUGUAUGAAGCAUCAAGAGAGUGGCUUCCUACCGUCGUCGGAGAGAUUAUGUCUCCAAUGGGUACUGCUACCGUUGAAUUCAUCGAUCCUAGGGAGCCUGUGGCGGUUGUUCCGAUUUUAAGAGCGGGUCUUGCUCUUGCAGAACAUGCCUCCUCUGUUUUGCCUGCAAAUAAAAUGUAUCAUUUAGGAAUGAGUAGAGACGAGGAAACGCUUCAGCCCACGGUGUAUCUCAACAAGUUGCCAGAUGAAUUUUCCAAGAACUCGAGGGUUUUUCUGGUUGACCCAAUGCUUGCCACAGGCGGUACAAUAGUUGCGGCCAUGGAGCUCUUGAGGGAACGCGGCUUGGGAACUGAGCAGAUCAAAGUGAUUUCCGCUGUCGCUGCACCUCCUGCCUUGAAGAAGCUUAACGAGAAAUUCCCAGGGCUUCAUGUCUACACGGGAAUUAUCGAUCCCGAAGUUAACGAAAAAGGGUUCAUAGUUCCUGGACUUGGAGACGCCGGGGAUCGUAGUUUCGGGACAUAAAUCUGCCGGAGUUCCGGCCAGUGGUGACUGAAUUGGUCGGAGAAAGCGUUCGGUCUGAUCAAGACAUUCUUGAAACCCUUUAAUUCGUUUCUUUUGCAUUAUUUGUUUUGAAAACGAGGCUUAUCAAAGUUCUCAGUGAUGUUGGUUUCUUUAAAUAUUGAACAAGGAAAUAGUUUUACGGUUCUUAAAAAUAGUAUAUUUAACGCUAA